CUAGUAGUGAUAUUUGCGUAUAACAGAAGCACCUCCUCCCUCCCAUUGGACAAUGUGUACGUGAGGGCGUGGCAAGGAAAGAUGAGAGUUGCAAAUCCAUGCCCUUACUGGGAAGACAUGGAGCGCUAUGGACACAGUCUACACGAAUCUGAUAGGAAUCUCAACUAAAGGCAUCACUAUUUCUCCAGUUUGGAAACAAACGAUUUGAGAGACCGAGAGCAAAGAAAGGGUGGCCCGACUGAGGAUGGAGUGUGCAUUUGAAGCACAGAAUCUGAUCUCCAUUUCUUUGAGGAAAAUCCAAAGCUCCAGGACGCAGAGAGGAGGCAUCAAGCUCCACAAGAACUUACUGGUAACGUACGUACUGAGAAACGCCAGGCAGUUCUACAUGAGCAAAAACUUGUCGCAGAUGCAGAGGACGAAUCCGUACGAGGAUGUAACCGUAGUCCGAGAAAGGCAAGAAUACCUCGAAUGGACGGGGAGCUUCACGGAGUUGGCUGAUGACUUCUACUGCAACUUUACUGGGGUUGAGUCGGACACUUGGCACUGCGGAGCGCACCAGCCCAACGGUCAGCCUGCAGAGGUGGCGCACCAAGGCGCAUCUGCCUGCGCAAUAGAUUCACCGAGUGACUCUGACCUCAUGGUUUCGGACGCCUGUUGGAGCUGUGCGGACAAAUCCUCCUGGGAGUUAUCUAUCCCGAACACGCAAGCCAACCAAAAGACUGUCCUGGACUUGGACACCCAUGUGGUGACUACUGUCACGAACGGAUACUUCCACACAGACUGUUGCGCGCAGCCCAAACAGCCGCAGGGCGCGCAGUGCUACACAAAAAAGCGAAAGAUUGACAUAAGUUAUCAUAUCGUUGAUCCAGAGUUUUAUUUGCCAGACUUUGCGCCAGUGCCGUGUAAAAGAAUGAGGAGUGAUGAUGAUUCACAUUCAGACUCUGACCAGUUGGACAGCACAAACAUCUCCAACCUGAUCUCGGUGCUGGGCUCAGGUGGGCUAUCUGAGUUUGUGAGUUGGCAGCAAACGGACCUUGAGCAAAUAUUCGCCAGUCAAACAAUUUGUUUAAAACACACGCUGUUAACAGGCAGCGGCUGGACCAGAGCAAUCGAAGCAUUUUGAUAUGUAUGACUGUGUGUUUUUAAUUUCUUUGUAUCGUUUUAUUUUGCUGCUUUUAAAUAAAUCAUGACACGACUGCAGUUCUCUCUUGGACUUUUUAUACAAAAACAGUGCUGAAAUUAUACAGAAUGGUCAUAUGCAUUUCCAUUACUUUUUGCACAUUGACAUUUCCUGUGCUAGUGCGAAUAAUUUCUACACAGCAUGACUAAACUGUAACCUUUAUUUAAAUAUUAUU